AUGCGGGUGGUCAGGGUGCUGGUGGAGAGUGUGGGGGCCCAGAGUGCCAGGCUGCGGGAGCUCGGGCCACACCCUGAGGGCAGCCUGACUCCCCUGGCCGCCUUCAACGUGGACAUGGUCCGAACCUGGGUGACUCCCAAGGGAGACGUCCCCUACGUGCUCAGCUCACUUCUGCAUCAGGACUCCAGCACCAACCAGACCUGGCUCCUGGUCACCAGCCCCAGAACCAGCAGGACGGCAGGGCCCCUGUAUCAGUGUUCCCUCAUUCAGGAUGAGCUCCAUUGCCAGCCAGUAGAGAGUGUCCCCAUCCCAAAGAGGAGGUACCGUGGAGUGACAGUUGUCCGGAACCACCAUGGUGUUUUGAUCUGCAUUCAAGUGCCGACCCGGUGGCCCCAGAGCCUCAGCUCAGAGCUCACAGGCAACUGCAUCCUGCUGGCCCCUGACCUCCGUCCCCGUGCCCAGGUCUACUUCUCCGACCUUGAAAAAUUACUGGACCCUGAUGCCCCUGUGGAUGCUGGAGACUGCUCCAGGAACAAAAAAGGCAGCACGGAGAACACAGCCAGGCAGCGCCGGGAUUUGAAGGUGGAGGAGGAGGAGGAGACAGAGGACGAGGACGAGGAGGCAGCUGGCACCGAGAUCGCCAUCAUCCUGGAUGGCUCAGGAAGCAUUGAUCCCCCAGACUUCCAGAGAGCCAAAGACUUCAUCUCCAACAUGAUGAAGAACAUCUAUGAGAAGUGCUUUGAGUGCAGCUUUGCCCUGGUGCAAUAUGGGGAAGUCAUCCAGACAGAGCUUGACCUUCAGGACAGCCAAGACGUUACAGCCUCCCUCGCCAGAGUCCAGAACAUCACUCAAGUGGGCAGUGUCACCAAGACUGCCUCUGCCAUGCAGCACGUCCUAGACAACAUCUUCACACCAAGCCAUGGCUCCAGAGAAAAGGCAUCCAAGGUCAUGGUGGUGCUCACUGAUGGGGACAUAUUCGGGGACCCCCUCAGCCUCACGACUGUCAUCAACUCCACAAAGAUGCAGGGUGUUGAGCGCUUUGCCAUUGGGGUGGGAGAUGCAUUUAAUAAAACCAGGGCAUACAACGAGCUGAAGCUGAUCGCCUCGGACCCCGAUGAAGACCAUGCCUUCAAGGUGACCAACUACUCAGCGCUGGAUGGGCUGCUGAGCAAACUGCAGCAGAGCAUCAUUAGCGUGGAAGGCACAGUCGGAGAUGCCCUCCACUAUCAGCUGGCACAGGUCGGGUUCAGUGCCCAGAUCCUGGAUGAGGGGCAGGUGCUGCUCGGUGCUGUAGGGGCCUUCGAUUGGUCGGGGGGCACGCUGUUCUACAACAUGAGCAGCCGCAAGGGCCGCUUCCUGAACCAGACGGCAGUGGAUGCCAAGGCUGUGCAGUACAGCUACCUGGGUUACUCGGUGGCUGUGCUGCACAAGGCCUGUGGCCUCUCCUACAUGGCAGGGGCUCCACGGCACAAGCAGCGAGGGGCUGUGUGUGAGCUCCGGAAGGAGGGCAACGAGACCAGCUUUGUACCAGUGCUGGAGGGCGAGCAGAUGGGGUCCUAUUUUGGCUCUGAGCUGUGCCCUGUGGACGUCGACAUGGAUGGGACCACAGACUUGUUGCUGGUGGCCGCCCCGUUUUACCACGUUCAAGGCGAGGAGGGCAGAGUCUAUGUGUACCGUGUGAACAAGCAGGAUGGUUCCUUCUCCUUGGUACGCACGCUGAGUGGGCACCCCAGGUUAACUUAUGCGCGAUUUGGCUUUGCCAUGGCGACGGUGGGGGAUAUCAGUCAGGAUGAGCUCAUAGAUGUGGCCAUCGGGGCCCCCCUGGAAGACUUUGGGGCAGAUGAUGGUGUAGGCUUCGGCAGCGUGUACAUCUACAAUGGACACUCUACCAACCAGCUGGCUGACCUCGCUACCUACCAGCCACAGAGGAUCAGAGCCUCAGUGGUGGCCCCAGGACUCCGGUACUUCGGCACAUCGGUGGCAGGUGGCUUAGAUUUCAGUGGCGACGGCCUUGCUGACAUCACUGUGGGCGCUCUGGGCCAGGCGGCUGUGCUCCGCUCAAGACCUGUGGUUCGUCUGAAGCUGUCCAUGACCUUCACCCCCAAGGCACUGCCCAUUGGCUUCCACAGCAGCGUGAAUGUGAAUUUGUGUUUUGAAGUCAGCUAUGUGUCACCAGCUGCUGAGUCAGGCCUCAGAGAGACCUCUCUGAACUUCACUUUGGAUGUGGAUGUGGUGAAGCAGAGGAAAAGGCUGCAGUGUUCAGAUGAGAGGCUGUGUCAGAGCUCCCUUAGGGAGUGGGGCACGGGCCCCCGUCUCUGUGAGCCCUUCCUGCUGGUUCCCACAGAGGGACAGCUCUGUCAGGAGGACUGCUUCUCCAACAUCAGUGUCAAGGUCAGCUACCAACUCCAGACCCCCGAGGGCCGGAGGGACCAUCCCCAGCCUAUCCUGGACUUCUAUGCUGAGCCCUCUGCCAUCUUCCAGCUGCCCUACGAGAAGGCCUGCAAGAAUAAGCUGUUUUGUGUCGCUGAGCUACAGUUGGCCACCACCCUCUCUCAGCAGGAAUUGGUGGUGGGUCUCACAAAGGAGCUGAGCAUGAACAUUAGCCUAAUUAACUCUGGGGAAGAUUCCUACAUGACAAGCAUGGCUUUGAAUUACCCCAGAAACUUGCAGUUUAAGAGGAUACAAAAGCCUCCUUCUCCAAACAUUCAGUGCGAUGACCCUAAACCAACUGCUUCUGUCCUGGUCAUGAACUGCAAGAUCGGUCACCCCAUACUCAAGAGGUCAUCUGCAAACUUUUCAUUAGUUUGGCAGCUGGAGGAGAGUGCCUUUCCAAACAGGACAGCCGACAUCGCUGUGACAAUCACCAAUUCCAAUGAAAGAAGGUCUUUGGUCAGUAAGACCCACAGCCUUCAUUUCAAACAUGCCUUCAUUGCAGUUCUUCCCAAACCAUCGGUGACGUACAUGAACACAAGCCAGGGGCUUUCCCACCACAAAGAAUUCCUCUUCAAUAUACAUGGGGAGAACCUCUUUGGAGCCGAGUUCCAGCUGCAAAUUUGUGUUCCAGUUAAAUUACAAGGUUUCCACGUCAUAAGAGUGAAGAACCUGACCAAGACUCAGGCUCACACUGUGUGCACCCAGAGUCCGGAGCGCGUUUGUGGGAGCGAUCUGGUUCAGCAUGUGGAAGAAUGGCAUUCAGUGAGCUGUAACGUCACCUCGGAUAAAGAAAAUGUAACCGUGGCUGCAGAGGUCUCCUUGAGUCAAUCAGAACAGUUACAAAGAGAUGUGACUGAGCUGCAGAUCCUUGGUGAAAUAUCUUUCAACAAAUCUCUAUAUGAGGGGCUCAAUGCAGAGAACCAUAGAACUAAGAUCACUGUCAUCUUCCUGAAAGAUGAGGAGGCGUAUUCUCUGUCUCUCAUUAUUAAAAGCAGUGUUGGUGGCCUUCUGGUUUUGAUCGUGAUUAUAGUCAUCCUAGUCAAGUGCGGCUUUUUUAAAAGAAAAUACCAACAACUGAACUUCGAGAGAAUAAGGAAGGCCCAGCUGAAAUCAGAGAAUCUACUGGAAGAAGAAAAUUAGACCAGCUUCCUCAUCCAUUGGGAGAGAGUACCAACCAGUCCUGGAGACUUCUAGAGACUUGGUGUCCUGUGGAUUACUUUUCCUUUAGGAUGAUCGAGAGCAGAAUCUAGCACAUUGUUUUGUGGAAUGUUGUUUUUUAACCAUACAUUGUCCCCAAAGUGUCUGUGCAUUGUGCAAAAAUGAAACUUGGGAGACAUUUGGUAUUAAAUAAAACUGUUUUCUUUACA